AUGUGCGACAAAUUCCUCCACAGAAUUUUUACAUUAACAUCAAAAUUCAGAGAAGACGCUGAAAUGGAGUAUCUUCGGGUGGCGCAAGAUCUUGAGAUGUAUGGAAUACUCUAUUACCCCAUCUGCAACAAGAAGGAUACUGAUUUGCAUCUCGGGAUAUCAGCACAGGGCCUCGGCAUCUACAAAGGAUCGAAUCGCAUUACUCCCAGGCCAUUCUUUUCAUGGAGUGAGAUCAAGAAUAUUACAUUCAAAAACAAAAAGUUUCAUAUGAAAACAGUGGACAAAUCCGGUGUAUCUUUCCGAGCAAAGGAAAGGACGAUGAAUCCUUCUAUCCUUGAUCUAUGUAUAGGAACCCACAAUCUCUAUCUCAGGCGACGGCAGCCCGAUACUCUCGAGGUAUUUUGUUUUAUAGCUUGA